CUCGCAGAGCCGGCGUCUUAUUUGACUGAUCACACGACAGCAGGUUGUUGUUUGAUAGCGAAAGAGAAAACACGCUGAACCUGUUUCCUGCAGCGAGAUGGCAGACGAUACUAAGAAGCACCGGGCCUUCGUGGCCGAGCUGAUGUGGAGCAAGCCGGUGACGGCCCUGCCAGGGAUCGGGGAGAAGAAGCUGGGCAAGAAUCUGAGGACCCAGGGCUUCACCAGGGCCUCCGCGGUUCUGGGUCACUUCGUGCAGAUGGGGAGAGACCCGGAGAAGUUCAAGAAAUGGCUGAAGGAUGACAUCCGCGCCAAAAUCCACCAGGCCGACCUCUGCACUCGGGCCCUGGUGGAGUGGUGCGAUGCCUUCCUCUGAGCCCGCCCUGCUGUGCUUCUGGGACCCAGGAUCUGGUCGUGGUUCCAGGAUCUGGUCGUGGUUCCAGGAUCUGGUCCUGGUUCCAGGAUCUGGUGCCGGGGAGUUUGCAGCGCCUCCCGCAAGAUGCCUGUG